GGAUACGGAGCUUUCCCGGAGGGCUGGCUCCCGAGGUGCGCAGCCCGCCCAAACGGGAGGGUGGCGGCAAGGGGAGCUGGACCACGGCACCUCGCUGGGCCCGGCGAUGCCUCCGGCAGCAGCUACUGCCAAACGCGGGGCACUUCUCCUGACUUUUGCCUUGGAUGACCAGCAAAGGCCAGAGAUGCUAGACAGGGCAAGAAACAAAGCUCGAGUUAAAGCUUGUUACAUCAUGAUUGCACUCUCCAUCGUCGCCUGUUUCGCAGUGAUUGCCUCGGCUAAGAAGGCGGCUGCACGUCACGAGUCCUUAACAAGCUGGAAUCUGGCAAAGAAGGCCCAGUGGCGGAAGGAGGCGGCGCUGGCAGCCGAGUCGAAGCCAAAGUAA